AUGAUGUUCUUCUCCGCCCUCAUCUCCGCCCUCGUGCUCUCCGUCACACAAACCCUCGCCCUCGCUGCCCCCGGCGAUGCCGAGGAUCUCGUCCGGGAGGACCGAAUCAAGGUCUUCCUGUACGCCGCGCCCGCCUUCUGGCAGGAAGUAGCCGUCGACGCGUACCGAGAUGCGUGCACGAAUCUAGACAACAAUCUCAUCGAUGGAAGCGUGCAGUCGAUUCUGGUCGGGGGGCAUGACAUUGUUUCGGUACUGCAGAGGAAAGAUUCGUGGUACUGCACUUUCUAUGAUAAUUAUGGAUGCAUAGGUGAUGGCGAUCCGGCGGCCACGCUCGUUGUUGCUGAUGGGGUCAACAAUUUGCAAAGCGUGAAUAAGACGAAUAUUCACGCUUUCAGGUGCCGUCUCGAGGACGACAGGUACUUUGACAAGUGA